AUGUAUGAACUUAUUGUUGAUAACGAUUCGAUUAAUGAAGAUAUUGGUUUACAAGAUUCCACUUCCUCAAAUAGGGAUGAUCAAGAAAUUGAAGUAACUUCUGAAGAACAAGUUGUAGCUACAAGCGAAGAAAGUGAAAACGAUGAAUUUGUUCAACCAACAUCACCAAAAUUGAUGAAUAAAAAAGGAUCAGAUGAUUUAGACUUGAAAGAACUACAAAAAGAAGAAAGGAAACAAAGAAAAAUAAGGAAUGAUUUUGUUCAACAGAAUAGUAGCAUCUUUACGUUUGCACGAUCAUGUCCAAAUUGUAAAAAAAGCUUUAAUUCAGCAUUAGUCACCAAGAAAGUUAGACACUUUAAAAUUUGUUGUAACUCUAAUAAUCGUUGGAUAGAUGAUGUGGUUUUAGAAAGAAUGAUAGAAGAUUUGAGGUUCAGAUUUAGACCAAUGGAAAAACGUAAACAAGAAGCUAUUGAUUAUGAUAUUGAGAUGUCAGAAGAUUUAAAAACGAAGGAGAUUUAUCAUUAUUUUCCCGUAACAUCAAAAAAUAACAAAAAUGGUUCGAGUAUUAGUAAAGUAAAGAGAAAAGUAAAUAAUGUGGAAGAUUCUCGUGACCUUCCGUCGAAAGAUCAUCAAUCUUCAAAGAAGAACCCCAAUAAGAAAAAAGUUAAAGCGAAGGCUGAUGAUGUUGCCAGAAAAUAA